AAAAUAGAAAGGCGGGACUUCCUGUCUAGUUGGAACUAACUUCCCGACUGUGUGCGAGCGCCUCACAGAGCGAGUCGGGAGGUCGGCGUGCGACGUGGCGCUCGCGUAGAGCUGAGGAGAGGUAAGGCUGAGGUCACGUUGGGGUUAAGGCGCUGGUCGCUCUAUUUCUGCCUUGGUCUACUCUAAUUUUCCGCCUGGCAAUGGCGACCUACACCUGCAUCACCUGCCGGGUGGCGUUCCGUGACGCAGAGAUGCAGCGGGCCCACUACAAGACGGAUUGGCACCGCUACAACCUGAAGCGGAAAGUAGCCGACAUGGCCCCGGUCAGCGCCGAGGGCUUCCAGGAGCGGGUGCGGGCGCAGCGGGCCGUGGCGGAGCAGGAGAGCAAGGGUACGGCCACCUACUGCACCGUCUGCGGUAAGAAGUUUGCCUCUUUCAACGCCUACGAAAACCACCUCAAAUCCCGGCGGCACUUGGAGCUGGAGAAGAAGGCCGUGCAGGCCGUGAAUCGGAAAGUGGAGAUAAUGAAUGAGAAGAACUUGGAGAAAGGGCUGGGCGUGGACAGCGUGAACAAGGAUGCCAUGAACGCGGCCAUCCAGCAGGCCAUCAGGGCUCAGCCGUCUCCCAAGAAGGCCCCCCCGGCGCCCGAGGAGGAGCCCAGGGGACCCGUGGCCCUGGCUGAUGGAGGACGUGCCACCCAGGACCGAGACCCGGCCGAGAAACCUCCCCGCCUCCAGUGGUUCGAGCAGCAGACAAAGAAGUUGGCAAAGCUGCAGGCGGAGGAGAGUGAAGAGGACGACCUGGAUGGAGACGUUCAAAGAGGCCUGGGAAAGAAGCAAGACUCCUUCCAGGAGUGUACUGUGUGCCGGAAAAGGAAGAUGAAGGACUUUCUUAGCUAUACAAGAUUGGUCUCUGAUUGGGAAGAUAUUGAUUCUGAUGCUGAGCUGGAAUGUGAGGAUGCUGAAGUGAUGGAUGAAGUGGAUGAGCAGGAUGCAGAGGAGAGAGAGGCUGGAGGAAGCCCUCGCCUUGGUGCCAUCCCUGUAAUGGACUGCUUAUUUUGUCCACACCAUUCAAGCUCCCUUAUGAAAAAUGUGGCUCAUAUGACUAAAGUCCACAGCUUCUUUAUUCCUGAUAUAGAAUAUCUUUCAGAUCUUAAGGGACUGAUUAAAUAUUUGGGAGAGAAAGUAGGUGUUGGGAAGAUUUGCCUGUGGUGCAAUGAGAAAGGGAAGUCCUUCUACUCCACAGAAGCUGUGCAGGCACACAUGAAUGACAAAAGCCACUGUAAGCUCUUCACAGAUGGUGAUGCCGCAUUGGAAUUUGCAGACUUCUAUGACUUUAGAAGUAGCUACCCAGAUUACAAGAAAGGGGAGGAGCCUGAGGCAACUGAGGAUCUGCUCUCAGAAAAGACCUUGGAAUAUGAUGAUGAAACCAUGGAGCUGAUCCUACCUUCCGGUGCCAGAGUGGGUCAUCGCUCCUUGAUGAGAUACUACAAACAGCGAUUUGGCUUGUCCAGAGCUGUGACAGUUGCUAAGAAUCAGAAGGCCGUGGGUCGGAUACUGCAGCAGUACCGAGCCCUGGGAUGGACUGGCAGCACAGGAGCAGCUCUUCUGCGUGAGCGGGACAUGCAGUAUGUCCAAAGGAUGAAAUCAAAGUGGAUGCUGAAGACAGGAAUGAAGAACAAUGCCACCAGGCAGAUGCACUUCAGGGUCCAGGUGAGAUUCUGAGGACCUGCUGAGACCGAGUGCCCCGCCUCCUGCACAAGUGACCCUUGCUGAGGACCCGUGGGGGCCGCCGGUUUGCAUGGCAGACCCUUGCUGCUGCUCCCUGUGUUUCAUCUGUUCUGAGCUGCAAAUAAAAGUCAGAGGUGUACUUGU